AUGCGACUUUUAUUUAAACUCAAAUCAGCAUCGGAUGCCCUACCGCCUCAGUAUGGUUUAAAAACAUAUUUUGCUGUGCAAAAAUUCGCUUUCAAUUGCAUGGGUAUCGAUGUGACAUCACAGAAUAUAACUAUAUUUAAUCCGCUAUUAAACUGGAUCCCCAUGGCUUUACUAAUAACUCUUUGCGUAUUUAUGUUCAUUUAUGCUGCUGAAUAUCGUCAUGACAUGGAAUUGAUGACCGAUAUAUUGGCACCAUUUUGGCAAGCGGUUUUGGCUUUAAUAAAAAUGUGGGUUUUUGUAUGGAAUAAGAAGAGAGUUGUUAAACUAGUGCGUCAUAUAUGGUUGUGGAAUUUAGAAGGUAGCGAUGAUGAGUUGGAUAUCAUAAUAGACGAAAAUCGUAAAGAUUAUUUUUAUUCUCAAUUAUUUUUUCGCUUUGUUAUGGCCACUGUGGUAAUGGCGUUUUUGUCACCUGUUUUAGUGGCUUUUUUCUAUUAUUUAAAGGGUCAAGGUUUUAUGGACAAUCUCGAUCCGCCAUUAAAGGCAGCAUAUUACAUUGCCAUGGAUCCAAAAUCAUACAAUGGUUAUCUUGUAAUCUAUAUUUGGAAUAUAAUAUCAGUUUGUUAUAUUGCUAAUGGUGCAAUAGCAAAUGAUACACUUUUUUCCUGGAUUGCCCAUAAUGUUUCGGCACAAUUUCGCAUUUUAAAUUUGCGUUUCAAAAAGACAGCAGAUUCUUUAACUAAACCGAAUAGUGAUGAACGUGAAUUCAUUAGAUCUAUUAUUCAACACAUUAAAUAUCAUCAUCGUGUUAUAGAAUUAGCCAAUAACUUCAAUGAUGUAUUCAUGGUGACGGUGUUCUUUAAAUAUACCAUUAGCUUUUUACAAAUCGCCUGUUUGAUAUUUACAAUUGCUCGUGGUGGUGAAUUGGCAACAUUGGUAUUUCAUACAUUGUUUUUAACAGCAGUUUCCAUACAGCUGAUGAUGUAUUGUCUUGGGGGCCAGAAGAUAAUUGAUGGUAGUACCUCCGUGGCAGUCUCCAUUUAUGAGUAUUUUCACUGGCACGAUAUGAGCAUCAAAUCUAAAAAGUUAUUGAUUUUAUCCAUGAUGAGAGCCCAAAAACCUUGUAUUCUAACCGGUGUUUUCUUUGUGGCCGAUUUGCCAUUAUUUUUAUGGGUUUUAAAAACAUCUGGUUCUAUGUUUACCAUGCUGAAAUCCAUGGAAGUUUAA